AUGCCACUAGCCCCGCUCUACCGACCGAGCCGCGCUCUACCGCGCUCUACCGACCGAGCCGCGCUCUACCGACCGAGCCCCGCUCUACCGACCGAGCCCCGCUCUACCGACCGAGCCGCGCUCUACCGACCGAGCCGCGCUCUACCGACCGAGCCGCGCUCUACCGACCGAGCCGCGCUCUACCGACCGAGCCCCGCUCUACCGACCGAGCCCCGCUCUGCCCCGCUCUGCCGACCGAGCCGCGCUCUGCCGACCGAGCCGCGCUCUGCCACGCUCUACCGACCGAGCCGCGCUCUACCGACCGAGCCGCGCUCUGCCGACCGAGCCCCGCUCUGCCGACCGAGCCCCGCUCUGCCGACCGAGCCCCGCUCUGCCGACCGAGCCGCGCUCUGCCGACCGAGCCCCGCUCUGCCGACCGAGCCCCGCUCUGCCGACCGAGCCGCGCUCUGCCGACCGAGCCGCGCUCUGCCGACCGAGCCGCGCUCUGCCACGCUCUACCGACCGAGCCCCGCUCUACCGACCGAGCCCCGGUCUACCGACCGAGCCCCGCUCUACCCCGCUCUACCGACCGAGCCCCGCUCUACCGACCGAGCCCCGCUCUACCCCGCUCUGCCGACCGAGCCGCGCUCUGCCGACCGAGCCGCGCUCUGCCACGCUCUACCGACCGAGCCCCGGUCUACCGACCGAGCCCCGGUCUACCCCGCUCUGCCGACCGAGCCCCGCUCUGCCGACCGAGCCCCGCUCUGCCGACCGAGCCCCGCUCUGCCGACCGAGCCCCGCUCUACCCCGCUCUGCCGACCGAGCCCCGCUCUGCCGACCGAGCCCCGCCCGAGCCCCGCUCUGCCGACCGAGCCCCGCUCUGCCGACCGAGCCCCGCUCUGCCGACCGAGCCCCCGCUCUGCCGACCAAGCCCCGCUCUACCGCGCUCUGCCGACCGAGCCCCGCUCUGCCGACCGAGCCCCGCUCUGCCGACCGAGCCCCGCUCUGCCGACCGAGCCCCGCUCUACCCCGCUCUGCCGACCGAGCCCCGCUCUGCCGACCGAGCCCCGCUCUGCCGCGCUCUGCCGACCGAGCCCCGCUCUGCCGACCGAGCCCCGCUCUGCCGACCGAGCCCCGCUCUGCCGACCGAGCCCCGCUCUGCCGACCGAGCCCCGCUCUGCCGACCGAGCCCCGCUCUACCGCGCUCUGCCGACCGAGCCCCGCUCUGCCGACCGAGCCCCGCUCUGCCGACCGAGCCCCGCUCUACCCCGCUCUGCCGACCGAGCCCCGCUCUGCCGACCGAGCCCCGCCCGAGCCCCGCUCUGCCGACCGAGCCCCGCUCUGCCGACCGAGCCCCGCUCUGCCGACCGAGCCCCGCUCUACCGCGCUCUGCCGACCGAGCCCCGCUCUACCGCGCUCUGCCGACCGAGCCCCGCUCUGCCGACCGAGCCCCGCUCUGCCGCGCUCUGCCGACCGAGCCCCCGCUCUGCCGCGCUCUGCCGACCGAGCCCCGCUCUGCCGACCGAGCCCCGCUCUGCCGACCGAGCCCCGCUCUGCCGACCGAGCCCCGCUCUGCCGCGCUCUGCCGACCGAGCCCCGCUCUGCCGACCGAGCCCCGCUCUGCCGACCGAGCCCCGCUCUGCCGACCGAGCCCCGCUCUACCCCGCUCUACCCCGCUCUGCCGACCGAGCCCCGCUCUGCCGACCGAGCGAGCCCCGCUCUGCCGACCGACCGAGCCGACCGACCCCGCUCUGCCGACCGACCCCGCUCUACCCCGCUCUGCCGGCCGAGCCCCGCUCUACCUGCCGGCCGAGCCCCGCUCUACCUGCCGGCCGAGCCCCGCUCUACCUGCCGGCCGAGCCCCGCUCUACCUGCCGGCCGAGCCCCGCUCUACCUGCCGGCCGAGCCCCGCUCUACCUGCCGGCCGAGCCCCGCUCUACCUGCCUGCCGAGCCCCGCUCUACCUGCCUGCCGAGCCCCGCUCUUCCUGCCGGCCGAGCCCCGCUCUUCCUGCCGGCCGAGCCCCGCUCUUCCUGCCGGCCGAGCCCCGCUCUUCCUGCCGACCGAGCCCCGCUCUUCCUGCCGACCGAGCCCCGCUCUUCCUGCCGACCGAGCCCCGCUCUUCCUGCCGACCGAGCCCCGCUCUUCCUGCCGACCGAGCCCCGCUCUUCCUGCCGACCGAGCCCCGCUCUGCCGACCGAGCCCCGCUCUGCCGACCGAGCCCCGCUCUGCCGACCGAGCCCCGCUCUACCCCGCUCUACCUACCGACCGAGCCCCGCUCUACCUACCGACCGAGCCCCGCUCUACCUACCGACCGAGCCCCGCUCUACCUACCGACCGAGCCCCGCUCUACCUACCGACCGAGCCCCGCUCUACCUACCGACCGAGCCCCGCUCUACCUACCGACCGAGCCCCGCUCUACCCCGCUCUACCUGCCGACCGAGCCCCGCUCUACCUGCCGACCGAGCCCCGCUCUACCUGCCGACCGAGCCCCGCUCUACCUGCCGACCGAGCCCCGCUCCGCCGACCGAGCCCCGCUCCGCCGACCGAGCCGCGCUCUGCCGCGCUCCGCCGACCGAGCCGCGCUCUGCCGCGCUCCGCCGACCGAGCCGCGCUCUGCCGCGCUCCGCCGACCGAGCCGCGCUCCGCCGACCGAGCCGCGCUCCGCCGACCGAGCCGCGCUCCGCCGACCGAGCCCCGCUCUGCCGCGCUCUGCCGACCGAGCCCCGCUCUGCCGCGCUCUGCCGACCGAGCCCCGCUCUGCCGACCGAGCCCCGCUCUGCCGACCGAGCCCCGCUCUGCCGACCGAGCCCCGCUCUGCCGACCGAGCCCCGCUCUGCCGGCCGACCGAGCCCCGCUCUGCCGGCCGACCGAGCCCCGCUCUACCCCGCUCUGCCGGCCGACCGAGCCCCGGCCGAGCCCCGCUCUGCCGGCCGACCGAGCCCCGCUCUGCCGGCCGACCGAGCCCCGCUCUGCCGGCCGACCGAGCCCCGCUCUGCCGGCCGACCGAGCCCCGCUCUGCCGGCCGACCGAGCCCCGCUCUGCCGGCCGACCGAGCCCCGCUCUGCCGGCCGACCGAGCCCCGCUCUGCCGGCCGACCGAGCCCCGCUCUGCCGGCCGACCGAGCCCCGCUCUGCCGGCCGACCGAGCCCCCGCUCUGCCGGCCGACCGAGCCCCGCUCUGCCGGCCGACCGAGCCCCGCUCUUGCCGGCCGACCGAGCCCCGCUCUGCCGACCGACCGAGCCCCGCUCUGCCGACCGACCGAGCCCCGCUCUGCCGGCCGACCGAGCCCCGCUCUGCCGGCCGACCGAGCCCCGCUCUGCCGGCCGCCGAGCCCCGCUCUGCCUGCCGGCCGAGCCCCGCUCUGCCGCCGGCCGAGCCCGCUCUGCCUGCCGGCCGAGCCCCGCUCUGCCUGCCGGCCGAGCCCCGCUCUGCUGCCGGCCGAGCCCCGCUCUGCCUGCCGGCCGAGCCCCGCUCUGCCUGCCGGCCGAGCCCCGCUCUGCCUGCCGGCCGAGCCCCGCUCUGCCUGCCGGCCGAGCCCCGCUCUGCCUGCCGGCCGAGCCCCGCUCUGCCUGCCGGCCGAGCCCCGCUCUACCUGCCGGCCGAGCCCCGCUCUACCUGCCGGCCGAGCCCCGCUCUACCUGCCGGCCGAGCCCGCUCUACCUGCCGGCCGAGCCCCGCUCUACCUGCCGGCCGAGCCCCGCUCUUCCUGCCGGCCGAGCCCCGCUCUUCCUGCCGGCCGACUGCCUGCCGCCCGCUCUUCCUGCCGGCCGAGGCCCCGCUCUUCCUGCGCCGAGCCCCGCUCUUUCCUGCCGGCCGAGCCCCGCUCUUCCUGCCGACCGAGCCCCGCUCUUCCUGCCGACCGAGCCCCGCUCUUCCUGCCGACCGAGCCCCGCUCUUCCUGCCGACCGAGCCCCGCUCUUUCUCUGCCGACCGGCCCCCGCUCUUCCUGCCGACCGAGCCCCGCUCUUCCUGCCGACCGAGCCCGCUCUACCCCGCUCUACCUACCGACCGAGCCCCGCUCUACUACCGCCGAGCCCCGCCUACCUACCACCGAGCCCCGCUCUACCUACCACCGAGCCCCGCUCUACCUACCGACCAGCCCGGCUCUACCUACCGACCGAGCCCCGCUCUACUACCGACCGAGCCCCGCUCUACCUACCGACCGAGCCCCGCUCUACCUAACCGACCGAGCCCCGCUCUAAACCCCGCUCUAACCUGCCGACGAGCCCCGCUCUACCUGCCGACGCGCCCCGCUCUACCUGCCGACCGAGCCCCGCUCUACCUGCCGACCGAGCCCCGCUCUACCUGCCACCGAGCCCCGCUCUACCUGCCGACCGAGCCCCGCUCCGCCGACCGAGCCCCGCUCCGCGACCGAGCCCCGCUCCGCCGACCGAGCCCGCUCCGCCGCGCUCCGCCGACCGAGCCGCGCUCUCAUGAGACGUCUGUCCUAGAGUCCCUGGACCAUCUAGACCUGUCCACCCACUCCUCUCCACCUCUCAAACAACCACAGGAGACGUCUGUCCUGGAGUCCCUGGACCAUCUAGACCUGUCCACCCACUCCUCUCCACCUCUCAAACAACCACAGGAGACGUCUGUCCUAGAGUCCCUGGACCAUCUAGACCUGUCCACCCACUCCUCUGCACCUCUCAAACAACCACAGGAGACGUCUGUCCUAGAGUCCCUGGACCCAUCUAGACCUGUCCACGGACUCCUCUCCACCUCUCAAACAACCACAGGAGACAUCUGUCCUAGAGUCCCUGGACCAUCUAGACCUGUCCACCCACUCCUCUCCACCUCUCAAACAACCACAGGAGACAUCUGUCCUAGAGUCCCUGGACCCAUCUAG